UCAGUCCUCCCCACUACUCCUCAUUUCGUGCAUUUAUUUAUUUUCUUGGACCCUAAUUUUGUUGAAAUGCGCCAUGGAUUUCUGCAACUCGAGCUUCAAAUUUACUUUUCAUGAUCGGGUUUUUGUUUUCAGUUUAUUCAUUUCGGAAUUAUCUUCAUAGAAGUCUGCUAGAAAAAAGACGGGAGAUAUGGAUUCUGCCUGUUGUUUCCGGCUGCCAAAGGUUAUUCUUGGUGUUGAUGGUUCAAGUUCUACGACGUUGGGGUGUUCUAGUUCGAGUCUGACGUAUAGGUGCAGAAGUGUAAGUUAUAAUUUUGUUGGCCAUCCAAAUUUUGGUUCCAAAACAUAUGCAUCGAAGGGUGUGAAGAAAAUAAUAAGUAAGCGUUACAGAGCUGAUAAUUUAUUGCUGACUUCACAUUUAAGGGGAUCUCUGGACGCCAAUGUGGGCAAUAUCUUGAAGGUGUCCAGGACAGUAGUGCGUUUACAAUGUCAAGGCAAUGAUUCUUUAUCAUAUAUUGAUGGCAAUGGUCGAAACAUUGAAUUCAUGGAAAGUUCCAAUGGAGGAAUGAAGAACUCUUCCUCAGAGAGCUCAGCAAGUGGGCCUGUUUCUGAUGUAGAGUCAAAUAGUCUGGUAGUGGAAGAGGAAGAGUUAGAGACACCUAGUACUGAUCGUUUGAAGGAAUUGCUUCAAAAGGCUCUCAAGGAAUUGGAAGUUGCUCAUCUAAACAGUAGUAUGUUUGAGGAAAAGGCUCAGAAGAUAUCAGAAACAGCAAUUGCCCUAAAAGAUGAAGCAGCAAAUGCUUGGAAUGAUGUCAAUACCACCCUGAGCACUAUUCAAGAGAUUAUAGCUGAAGAGGCUGUUGCUAAGGAAGCUGUUCAGAAAGCAACCAUGGCUCUCUCAAUGGCUGAAGCAAGGCUUCAAUUGGCUGUGGAGUCUUUAGAGGUGGCAAAAGGAGUGAGAGCUUCUCCUGAAGCUUGUACAGGGAAUGAUGCAGAAAAUGUAAGAGCCAUGGAAGCAUUGAGUUCAUCGAGAGAGGAGGAAGAGGCAAUUAUAGAGGUGCAAGGUGAGAUUAGCGAAUGCCAAGUUACACUGACAAAUUGUGAGGAUGAGUUGAGACGCUUACAAAGCAAAAAAGAGGAGCUGCAGAAGGAAGUAGAUAGAUUGAGUGAAGUUGCAGAGAAAGUGCAGAUGGGUGCUUUAAAAGCAGAGGAGGAUGUAGCGAAUAUUAUGCUUCUUGCUGAACAGGCUGUUGCUUUGGAACUUGAGGCUACCCAGCGUGUAAAUGAUGCAGAAAUUGCUUUGGAGAGGGCUGAGAAAGUUCUCUCCAAUUCUAAUGUUGAAAUGUCUGACAGUUCAACACAUCCACUGGUACCAUCAUCACAAAGGCAGAUGUUAAAUGAUGAAUCCAUUGUUCCAGAGGAUGAGAUGAGUCGAGGAGUUAGUGAUGAUAUUAGUUUGGAAAGAGACAAAGAUGGGUCAGUUGAAGAUGCUUUGUUGGGUGGUGAACCUUCAUUGGACUACCAAUCUGAUGCAUCUGGGAAAAGCGUUGAGGAUUUAAAUUUCUCUGAUGGCCUGCAUGAUCAAGAGAAUGGGAAAUUAGGUGUGGAUUCUCAUAGAGAAGAAGCCGAAGCCGAAGCAGAAAAAUCGAAGAAUGUUGGUCCAAUGAAGAAGCAGGAAAUUCAAAAGGAUGUAACUAGAGACAGUUCACCUCUUAUUGCUCCCAAAGCAUUGUUGAAGAAAUCUUCUCGCUUUUUCUCUGCGUCAUUCUUUUCCUUCUCAGUAGAUGGUACUACGCCAGCCUCAGUUUUCCACGGUAUCGUUACCUUUGCAAGGAAGCAAGCACCUAGGCUGGUUAUUGGAGUAUUGUUUCUUGGGAUUGGGGUCUCCUUGCUGAUUAAUCGGGCUGAGAGGAGUACUCAGCUGCUUCAACAGCCAGAUGUCAUUACCACUGGUAUUGGAGAAGUCUCUUCAAAUGCAAAGCCUUUGAUCAGAGAAAUACAGAGGUUUCCUAAGAGAGUGAAGAAAUUAAUUGAAAUGUUACCUCAUCAACAGAUAAAUGAGGAGGAGGCUUCCCUCUUUGACAUGCUGUGGUUACUCCUUGCAAGUGUUAUAUUUGUGCCUCUAUUUCAAAAAAUUCCUGGAGGUAGUCCUGUACUUGGAUACCUGGCUGCUGGUAUCUUGAUUGGGCCGUAUGGUCUCUCUAUCAUUCGUCACGUACAUGGGACCAAGGCAAUUGCUGAAUUUGGAGUUGUCUUCUUGCUAUUCAAUAUUGGUCUUGAGCUCUCUGUGGAAAGACUAAGUUCAAUGAAGAAAUAUGUUUUCGGUUUAGGUUCAGCCCAGGCCUUAGUUACUGCAGUGGUUGUUGGUCUGGUUGCUCAUUUUGUUUCUGGGCAGUCGAGUCCUGCAGCAAUUGUCAUAGGGAAUGGCCUGGCGUUAUCUUCAACUGCUGUAGUCCUUCAGGUGUUGCAGGAACGAGGUGAGAGCACAUCACGUCACGGACGUGCUACUUUUUCUGUUCUACUUUUUCAGGACUUGGCGGUUGUUGUUUUGCUAAUACUGAUACCGCUCAUUUCACCAAAUUCUUCCAAAGGAGGGGUUGGUUUUCAAGCCAUAGCUGAGGCUCUUGGACUUGCAGCUGUUAAAGCGGUGGUUGCUAUCACUGCCAUUAUUGCUGGUGGACGCUUGUUGCUUCGGCCCAUUUAUAGGCAAAUUGCAGAGAAUCAGAAUGCUGAGAUAUUUUCUGCUAAUACUCUUCUCGUUAUUCUGGGGACUAGUCUUCUUACAGCUAGGGCUGGUCUUUCUAUGGCAUUGGGAGCGUUUUUGGCUGGUUUGCUUCUUGCAGAAACUGAGUUUUCCUUACAAGUUGAAUCAGAUAUUGCUCCAUAUCGGGGCCUAUUGUUGGGUCUGUUUUUCAUGACAGUCGGAAUGUCUAUUGAUCCAAAACUUCUUCUUACAAACUAUCCAGUUAUUUUGGGAACAUUAGCACUCUUAAUUGGUGGCAAGGCUUUAUUAGUAACUUUAGUUGGUCGACUUUUUGGCAUUUCAACCAUAUCUGCUAUAAGAGUUGGCCUUCUUCUUGCACCUGGUGGAGAGUUCGCAUUUGUAGCUUUUGGGGAGGCUGUUAAUCAGGGUAUACUGUCUCCUCAACUCUCAUCUUUACUAUUUCUGGUUGUGGGGAUUUCGAUGGCGCUCACACCUUGGCUAGCAGCUGGAGGCCAAUUAAUUGCAUCUCGGUUUGAGCAGCAUGAUGUGCGGAGUUUAUUGCCAGUAGAGAGUGAGACAGAUGAUUUGCAAGAUCAUAUUAUCAUAUGUGGGUUUGGACGUGUCGGUCAGAUCAUCGCACAGCUUCUCUCUGAACGUCUAAUUCCAUUUGUUGCUCUUGAUGUCAGAAGUGAGCGAGUGGCAAUUGGGCGUGCACUUGAUCUUCCUGUGUUUUUUGGAGAUGCAGGUAGCCGAGAGGUCCUCCAUAAGGUUGGUGCAGAAAGAGCAUGUGCAGCUGCAAUAACUUUAGAUUCUCCAGGUGCAAAUUAUAGAACUGUUUGGGCUCUGAGUAAAUAUUUUCCAAAUGUGAAGACAUUUGUUCGUGCCCAUGAUGUUGAUCAUGGUCUCAAUUUGGAGAAGGCGGGGGCAACAGCGGUUGUACCAGAGACCUUGGAACCAAGCUUACAAUUAGCAGCUGCUGUUCUCGCACAGGCUAAGUUGCCCAUGUCAGAAAUUGCAGCAACAAUCAAUGAGUUCAGGACUCGUCAUCUCUCUGAGCUUACUGAGCUCUGUGAAGCUAGUGGAAGUUCUCUUGGUUAUGGAUUUUCAUGAAUCAUGAGUAAGCCCAAGUCUCAGGGAUUCCUCAGAUGACAACAAAGUCACCAAAGGAACAUUGGCAAUAUGAACAAGUAUUCCCAUAGAAUUCAGGCUGAGAAAAUCGAAAUCCUUGAAAAUUGUAUUGUGGGUUAUACCAUUUGUUCAUUA